GUAGGCAGGCACCGCAGCAAGUGAGUGAAGCUACUAAAUCGUACCUCUCCUCUGUAGCUCUCUCUUCCCUUUCUCCAAUUGCUUUCACAGUGGUUUGGAAGCAGGCACCUGCCGCUUCUCAAAUUCACUCUUCCAAAGAAGAUGGAGCUGGAAGGGGAAACCCUCGAUGCUUCCAGCACGACCUCAGGCGGCUCCAGAGAGUAUAAGGUGGUGAUGCUCGGAUCAGGUGGAGUAGGCAAAAGUGCAAUGACAAUGCAGUUCAUAAGCCAUCGAUUUCCCGACUACCACGAUCCCACUAUAGAGGACGCUUAUAAAACCCAAGUGCGAAUAGAUGAUGAGCCGGCUUAUUUGGACAUUCUGGACACGGCGGGACAAGCGGAAUUCACGGCCAUGAGAGACCAAUAUAUGCGAGGUGGCGAGGGCUUCAUUAUUUGCUAUUCCAUCACGGACCGCCAAUCCUUCCAAGAAGCCGCAGAAUUCAAGGAGCUCAUUUAUCGUGUUCGGCACACCUACGACAUCCCCUUGGUGCUGGUGGGGAACAAAAUUGAUCUCAAGGAAUACAGGCAGGUCUGCAGAGAAGAGGGCAUGAACUUGGCUAGAGAAUACGGUUGCCCCUUCUUCGAGACCUCCGCUGCCUUGCAUUUCUACAUCGACGAUGUCUUUCACCAGCUUGUGAGGGAAAUCCGUAGGAAGGAGAUGUCUUUGACGCUGGUGGAAGACAAGCUGAAAAUGAAAGGCAGCUUGUGGCAGAAGCUGAAAGGGUCUCUGAAGAAGAAGAAGAAGAAAGAAAGUCCUUCCUGAGGGUGCUCCUCCUGUCAUCAACCACAUAUCUUGGGAAUGGCUCAGAGCUCCAAACCUCUAGCAAUCCCCAAAAGCAUCAUUUUUUCUAAGUCUUAUUCCCCCCCUUCCUUCCCAAAGUGCUGGCCACCUGUUGUUUAAAGAGACAGGUCACCAAUUCCAAAAUUCCACAAAUUCCAUAAAUUCUGGUGGCUGAAGAGGGGACUGAAACCAUACCCUUCCCCCACAAGCAUCUUGCCAGCUGCAGACUAUAGCAAUCUCCAUCUCAGAAGCUAUGCCUGGCUCUCAACAGUGGUCACUAAACUUUUGGGACUUUAAUAUUAACAUAUACUUUUGGAGCUACCCACAAGAACUUGCCGCACACCCUGAAGAAGAUGAAUAAUCAUUGAAAGU